AUGAGUCGUUCAACUAGGAGUUGCAAAUUCAGAUCGCCUAAACUUAUCCCAGAAGGUAUUUUCUUUUAUACCAAUAAUGAUAGAUUUUUGACACUUUGAACCGAUUUUAAAGCUGAUUUUCAGAAUGUAUCGCCACAGAGGAGAAAAACGGUCGACUGGGCGGAAAAUAUUGUAAUUUUUCUGUUUUUUGUUGCUAAUAAUUGAAUUUUCUUGUUUUUAAGUUUUAUACAUUUUUUUUUGUAAAUUGUUUAUUUUCAGCACUCGAAGAAGAUGCGGGAAAAAAAGUGAUAAGUAAGUUUGUUUUUUAAACCCAAAAAAUUGUUGUUUUUCUUGUUUUCGUUUACAAACGCUUUUUAAGUUAUUGUGAAAAAAACCUUGAAUAAAAAUAAGGAAUAUUCUUUAUUCUGACUCUAUUUUGAAGCUUUUAUGGAAUUAUAAAAAUACACCUUCAAAACCAACAUAUAUGGUCGUAAGAACAAAUUUUUGACCUUCUCUUUUAAUUUUCGAAUCGAUAAUGCUACUGCUCUAUUGUAUUAGAAUUUUUUUAAGUUUUAUUUUUUUCAAUUAAAAUGUGCUUUAAUGAGAUUUUUGACCGCACACGAAAAACUCAGCUAAAAUAGGCAGUGAUUAUCUAUUUUUCCGGUUUUUUAGGUUCGAGUGGUUUUUGCUGGUGAUCAUUAAAAAAACAGGUCAUUUUAAUCAUUAAGUAGAGUUUUAACCGUAUUUGGAAUGGCUCACAAAGUUUCCAAAUUCAAAAAAAAAAUCGGUUGACGUUCCCAAUUUUUUUGAACUGAGCUUUUCACUAGACUUACUAUUCGAAUGAUUGAUUAGUUGAUAUAAAAUGAGUUUAUGUCAUUUUCGUGAAAUGUAUUUAGAUUUAAGAAAACGUGAGGGAUUUUUACCUUUUGGAAUUAAACACGUUUUAAUGGAUAAUUUCAUUAAAAAAAUUUUUUUCGAUAUGUGAACUCACUUUUUUUAAACCGGGUUCUCAUUGAAAAUUCACAGAAAAAAAUCUGAAAAACUUUUUUUUUCAGGUUUUUUUCCCAAAAAAUAAUAUUUUUUUCUGUUUCAAAAUUCUUUCUCGAGAUUUCAGAGGCGCAGAAGUCUUGCCUAGCUUGGGGCAUUAUUGAAAAAAGCUUUUAUUUUCAAUGUUUCAACUUUUUUGCUUCAAAUUUACAUUUUUCAACAGUUUUUGACGUCGUAGUGCUUAUAAAAUUCCACAGGGUUUCUGUAAGAACUUCGGUCUCGAUUAAAAAAAAAAUUAACAGCUCAUCCUUUCAGAGGGCUUAUUCCACUGCUCGGGGUGCGGGAAGACUUUUUUUUCGAGGUCUGGCCGGGCGAGACAUGUGAAGAAGAACCACGGGGCAGCCUUGAGUCCCAAACGGACUACAGUCCCAAGCAAGAAAGAAAACAAAAGGAACUUGGGCCAGAAAGACGGGCCAACGUGCACGGACUGCGGAGAGACCCUCCGCUCCCAGGUGCAGCUCGUCGAGCACAUUAACCAAGAUCACGACGGCUCAUUUCGGAUCAUCGAACGGAAUUUCGAGACCUCUGAGGCGGCUGAGGUGAUUAAUAUCAACCUUUUUAGGAAGUUUUGAGUUUUUAAGGCUUAUUUAUCCUUAUGAAGAUUUUUAGAGGUUUAUAAGAGGGUUAGGAAAAGUCGUAAACUUGUUUUAAGCUCAGGAAAACUUUGAAUUUUCGUUCUGACUACUGAGAAGGUUUUUAGGAAUUUUUCAGGUGCUAGGAUCUAUGGGAAAAUUAUUUUGGAAUCUUCCUAGAUUUUUCGAAGGUUUGAAUAGAUGUAAAUUUGACCUUUUCUCAGGACUUUUCGAGAAAAUAAAAUAUUAUUUAUCGUUUUUUAAGCGUUUUAGGUAAUAAUUUCGUUAAGGGAUUCCGGGGAAGCUUUUAGGGGCUCAGAGAAUUUUUCCUAGACAUUAUUCAGUAUUAGACUAGGUUGGGAAUAUCCUAUAAAUAUUUCAAAUUGAAAAAAAAUUGUUUUUCAAGUUUUUCCAAUUGAGAAAAAAACGUUUUGAAGAUUUUUUUAGAUUACUGUUAAGAUUUUUUUAAGAUUUUUUUGAGAACCUUUUUAAGAUUUUUUUAUUACAUUUUUUUAAAGUUUUUAAAGGUCAGCAUAGAUAUUUUGAAACUUUGAGACUUUUGAGAUAUUUUCAGCCAUUUUUCGAUUUAUUUGAAUUUUUAUAGUGUCUCUAAAGGUUUCCAUGAAACUUUUGUAGUUUUUUAAGACUUUGUGACUUUUUGCCUGGAUAUUUUGCAAAGAUUUUUAGUCUUGGGCACAUAGUAAAGUUAUACAGUAAUAAUCAGUCUCUUUAAAAAUGAAAAUAAUAAUUUUAAUCCAUUCACAUAGAAAAAUUUUCCUUGAGAAAUCGGAAGAUAAUACAUUUUUUUUUCUCAGGCUUGGCUCGCCGAAAUGUGUGAAGCAACUGGAUCCCGAUUUUUCAAAACUCACGUCUCUUCUGAGGGAUCUUUCCGUGUUGUGUAUAAUAAGUACAAUUCCCAAGAAAUGAAGAAAAAAACGAUUUUUUAGAUGUAUUCGCGUCGAAAGAUACAUGAGCAGAAAGAAGCGCAACAGACGGAAAUCGUCGAUGAACUCCUUUGAUAGCUGUACGGCUUUCUCUAUGGUGAUUUUCGGUUUUUUUUAAAGGUUUCUUAAGCACUAGACGGUCCCUUUUCAAAAGAAAAGCUGAAAAAAGCUACCGUAACAGCUUUCCGCAAAAAAACAUAGGUCUAGAAGCGAAAUUGGUAAAAGUUGGCUUGCGGUAACUUUGGCAGAGAAAAAACGUGACAAGCAGGCGCGGAAUGAGCCAUAUACACAAGAAAAGUCCAAAAAGGUUUGAAAAAGAACUUUCGAAAAAAAGGCCUCAAAAACGGCUUUUUUGUGGACCUUAUUCUGAAAAGGACCUUUUAAGGAAGACUGGAAAAAUAAGGCGGAAAAAUGGUGGAAUAAAGGAGAUUCCGAAAAACUUUUGACACCUUUUUAGGAACUCAAAAAGUAUCUUCAGGUUCAUCUUUUCAAGGUCUUUUGGACUCAGUUAUAAAGGCGCGGCUGUUUUUGAUCUUACGACUUUUAGGAUCUGGAUUUGAUAUUUUCAGCUUACAUUUUCAAAAAAUAAGAUUUUUCGAACAAAAGGACAUUUCUUUCAGACACUUUUAAGGAUUGAAUAGUUUUCUGCAUUGUUGAUUUUUUUUUUCCGAAACUUUCCGUAGAACUCCAUUGACAGGCCUAUGCAUUGAGAAACACAAUUAGACUUGGGAAAAAAAUUUUUGCCGCCUUCCUCUGUUUUUAAAGAUUAUUUUCGAUUUUCAAAGAUUCACGUCAAGUUUUCAUUAUUGAAAAAUGAUUUUCCCUCGUAGAGCUGAAUGUUCCUGGGUUUACGACAAAAAAAAGUCAAAUUGGGUCAUUCAUUAUUAUUUUGUCGGUUCAUUUCACUUGGAAUUUGAAGUUCUUUAACUGUUUUUUUUAAAGAUACAAAUUUUCAGAUCAAGACCUACAAACCGGGAUUUGUACACGUCAGAGCUUGUUUCGAUCAUUCCUCUCAUGAACCUGACAAAAUCGAACAAGUCGACAAAGUGGGACACGAAAUCGGAAUUCCUCCUUUGGAUGGAGUUACUCAAGAUGUCCUCGGUUUGAAGCUGGAAAAUGAAGAGAAUCGAGAGAAACCGAUCAAACAAGAGAUCGAAGACUACGAAGAGGAAGUAGAGAUGGAGAGAUAUCGAGAAGAAUGGGUCAAGGAAGAGACGGAAGACUACGAAGAAAGACAGGAGGAAUAUCAAGAAAAACUAAUCAAAGACGAAGUGAUGGAAGAAAACGAAAUGGAAGAAUUGACCAAAAUCGAGGAGCCGGAAACGAUGGAGUGAGCGGUUUUUUGAUAAAUUGGAAUAAAAAUCGAAGUAAAAAUAGUUUCAUAAAAUCAAUUUCAGUAUUUCUUUAGUGUUUCGAAACCCGAAAACGUUUGAAAAAUCAGGAAAAGUUCAAAAAAAAGGAGAAUUUUUUUCAGACUUUUUCUUUUUUAAUAUUCACCGUCGAGUUUUUGAGUCUUUUUCAUGUCCAUUUUUGAAUUUUUUUGAGGACAUCCUUGUUAUUCUGAAAGUGUUUUCAAUCGCAAAAAACGUUCGAAAAAGAGAAAAAUGCUUUAAAAAAAAGAAAAAGGUUUUCUUUUAAAUCAGGUUUUGCUUAAUAAUUUUUCAUGGAAAGGUUUCUUUCACCGUGGGUUUUGGACUAUUAUUCGAAGAGACACGAAUUUUUUUCUUUUUCCAAUUUUUUUCCGAGCUAAUUGAAGUAGCGCCUUAUGAUUCAGAUUAUUGUUUUCCUCUCUGAUUUUUUUUAGAUUCUUGCUUUCAAUUUUUGAGUAUUUUUCGUUCGAAUUCUGUCACAAAAUGGCCAGAUUAAUUCAUUAAAAAAAUUUUGUUUCAUUUAUUGAUUAAAACUUCAACGGUCAUAAAAGCUGGAAAAAAUUUGUUUUUGAAGAUUGCCGGAAGAACCAAGCGGAAGUAUGCGAGCCGAACGGAGGAUCGUCGAUUCCGAGUGAGGAAAAUGAAAAAUGUUUUUGGAAAAAUGCUCAUUUUCCAGUCACGAUUAUUGUUCAUUCCAAGGUUCUUCGAAGCCAAUGCCGAUUAUCGAUCCACUCUGGCAGAUGCCCAAAGUUGAUCAAUCAUUCGUUUUGGAUCGAAGAAAUCGGGUAAAUCAGCGGUUUUAUUGUCCUUGGAGCGCACUAGGCUGAAUAAAUGCGAUUUUUCGUGCCUCAGGCGGAGCGGCCUGGCCCCGGGAUCCUGGUCACAUUUGUUGAGUUAAAUUCUGCGCGGAAAUGGGCCAGCUCAGUCUUAGAGAAUAAUUUCCUUUAAAAUCAAAAUUUUCAACAAUUUUGAUUUUCAUUCUCGUUGAAUUUUAGUUAAAAAAAAAGAGCCAAAAACGGAAUUUAGUCAUAAGAAAGUUUGAGAUUUUUGGCCCCAAUUUUUCAAAUUUAAGUUUGCGCGCGCUUGGGCUUACCCAGGUUAAAGAAUAUUCUGAUCCUAACUCAAAAUGUUCAACAAUUUUUAUUUUUAUUCUCCUUGAAUCUUAGUUUCUGUUGAAUCUUAGUGGAAAAAGAGCCAAAAAAGGGAUUUUUGUCUUAAGAAAGUUUGAGCUUUUUGGGCCCGGGUCAGGUCGGGGCGGUUCGGGCUUAGAAAAUUCUCGGGAGUCUGACGGGCCGGCCCUCCCACAAGCCUCAUUUCAUUCAAAAUCUGCUUUGAAAGUGAUCACUACCGUUUUGACAACGAUUCCCGCUUAGUGGCCACUUUAGGGUUCUGAAGUAGUCCCAAAAACCCAAAAAAAUAAUACUGGAUGAAAAUACUAUAGUGGCCACUCAGACGCGAAAUUUUACCUUUUGUAGAGGUCGUUAUAGAGGCCACUUUAGUGUCCUAUCCGAAUAGUUUUUGAGGAACCUCUUAAGCGGCCACUUAAUUGUUUUUUCUCCAGGAAGCUUAAUUUUUUCCAAGGUUGAAAUAUUGAUUAUUGGAAGUGUUAACUGACACUUGAAGAAGGAUUUCCCCUUGUAUUUUCUUAGAGAAUUUGUUGAUUCAACUAAAAUUGACCUAGAAAUUCAGUUUCUAUCAUUUAUAGAUUAUUCAAGCUUUUUAUUAAUCUUUUUUUCCUGAGCUUUUUUUUCACUGCAACCUAUUUUUCCACCCGAAUAAUAGCUUUGGGGAAUUUUUUUAAAAUCAAUUAUUAGAUUUUCGGAAAUUAGAAAAAAAUAAAACAAUAAUUUCUACUUUUAAUCGUUUUACUAUCAUCGUGAACCGUGUCUUUCACUGCUACACUUAUCAAUUUCCGUCCUUUUUCAUUCUUCAUUUCAUUUUUCAUUUUCAUUCAUUUCAAGUGUUUAUUCGCCAUUCCGCAAUCAGCACGACAAAUACAAAAAAAAUAAAACAUCAAAACAAUCAAAUAGCUAUCUUAUAUAGACUGGAAUUAUCGUUUCAGCACUUGCUCAACGGUUGAGGCCAUGUAUGAUGUCUUCAUAAAAAUGAAUCCAAAAAUCUAUAACAAAAUAUGUCCCUAAUAAAGUCUUUCAUACCGAAAAGAAACCUCAGUGGAUUUUGAGACUUAAACGAAAAUGUGAGAGGGACUAUGUUUGAUACCGUAAACAAAACUCAGAAGAAAAUAAAGUGCGAUAUUCACUCUCGUAAAAAAAGUACACCCAGGCUCUGAAAUCUCAUUCGAUUUACUUAGAAAAUCUGGCACUAGGAGAAAAUAAAUCCACGAAAGCUUUCUGGCAAUACGUUCGCAAAAAAUCAACAAGUCCCAAUGAAAUACCAGACCUAAUUGUAGAAAAUGCAGUUAUUAAAGAUAGCAUGGAGAAAUCCAAUCAUUUCAAUAAAUUCUUUUCGACGGUAUUCACAGAUGAUAAUAGUUUGCCUUUCAACAUAGCUACUAAAACAAGCAGGAAUCUAAUGGACGUUGAUGUUGCACCUCAUGUGGUGUACGAGUGCCUUAGAAGGAUUAAAAACGUAAAUUCAGCAGGUCCUGAUGGUUUACCUAGUUCAAUUUGCAGAGGUCUAGCUAUAUCGAUAGCUCUCCCUUUAUCACUGAUAUACAGGAAAAGUUUAGAUUCGGGCAAGUUGCCUAGUUUUUGGAAAAAAACAAUCGUAGUUCCUAUAUACAAAAAAGGGGAUCCAAACGACGUAGGUAAUUAUAGACCAGUUAGUUUGACAUCAGUUCCGUGUAGAGUUUUAGAAUCUUUGAUGGUGAGAGCUUUGAGAAACCACAUGUGGCAAUCUUCGCUCAUCUCUGAUAGCCAGCAUGGAUUUUUAAAUCAUUUAAAUCAUAAAUCAUUUCUAAAAUGUUUUUUUUUCAAGUUUUGAAUUUUUCAGGUGGUGAAUGGAUACGGUAAUUUGAGAAUUACCCACAUCGACUUGCAAAAUCAAAAAUUGAGACGAUUGCAUGGGCUUUGCCCGGUCGAAGGGUGCGCCCGAAGCUGUCCCGUUUUUAGGGUCCAUCGCAACCCGAUGGGCAUUUUGGUGAGUUAGAAGGAUGGUAGGUUAGAAUUGAAGAAAAAAAAUUAGAAAAAAAUAAUUGGAAAAAGGAAAAAAAUUGAAGGAGAAAUGGUUAAGAAUGAUGAAAUUUAGGGCUUCUUAUGAUUUUUAAUGCGCUCUACGGAGAAUAUGCGAAUAGUUUUCAAAUAAUUAAGAUACGAAAAAUUCAGUUUUUUCAUCCGGCUUGUCAAAAGAAGAAGAAAAAUAAGGGAGUUAGGUGUGAAUUGAGGAAAAACCGGUUAAAAAUCCAGGUGAGAAUAAAUAUCCGUUUUAUGAUUUUGAAUGCGCUCCAAAGAGAAAAUAUUCGAAAUUUUAAAAUUAAAAUUUUGAAUUUUGAAUGAGUCUCCUACUUAGAAAAUUACUAAAAAAAACAGCACUUUUUUUAUAAAAAAUUUUUGAAAAAUGACUUUUUUUCGGACGAGUUUGAGGCUCUGAGGGGUCACUCAAGGGGUUUUCCUUAGUCUUAAGUGGUCACUUGUAGAUUCAUAACUUUUUUGUCAUUAGAUUGUGAGUCUUUUCCAAAGCGUUUUUGAGUAUACAUUGAUUUUUUAAAAAUUGUCAUGGAUGAAAUUUACCUUUCCGUUACUUUUAAAAUUUGAAUUUUGAUAAGGUAUAAUCUAGUUAAUUUCAAAGAUUUUAUCGAAAGGUUAGAUUUAAAAAUAAAUUUGAACUUACAGGUCAUUCGCAGAUGUCCCCGCUCGCACCGGACCGUUUGGAGGAGCUAUAAAUAA